GGUUCGUGCCCCGCGGGGGAACCAGAUGAAGCACAUCUGGACAGCUGCGCUGGGGAACUGUGCGGCCCCUUCGCGGGCCCGACGUCAGCUGGGCACGUCCCCCACGUUCUCUCCUGCUAGCCACUUAUUAUUAUUCAUAUUCCCAAAGAAGCAACCGAGGAUCCAAGCUUAAACUUUUCUCCUCCGCUGAGACGGGGCCAGAUCCCAUCCAGCACACAGUUUAAUUUUCAUGGGGGCUCUGGGAUCAAAAGAACAGAAACAGCAACAACAAAAGCCCAGCCGCUGUCUGAUUUAAAACUGGCAAAGUGAGAAAAGUAGUGUUGAGUAAACAGACCAAGUUGGCAGGAACCAUUAUAAGUUCUUGGGAGAAGAGAAUUGAGUUGGAUUUGACAUUGAGGAAAGUGUGAAGACAUGGGGAGUUUCAAAGGUCAUGCCCUCCCUGGAACCUUCUUCAUUAUCAUGGGUAUUUGGUGGACCAUCAAGUGCAUUCUGAAGUAUGCCUUCAAAAAGCACAAAAGGACUUCCUACCUCGGCUCCAAAGCAUUAUUCCAUCGAAUAGAAAUUUUUGAGGGAAUUGUAUUAAUUGGCAUGGCCAUCACUGGCAUGCUCGGGGAGCAGUUUAUUCCUGGUGGGCCCCACUUAGCCUUAUAUGACUAUAAAGAGGGCCAGUGGGUCGAACUCUUGAGCUGGCAUCAUUCCACCAUGUAUUUUUUCUUUGGGCUGCUGGGUGUGGCGAACAUCUUGUGUUUUAUCAUCAGUUCACUUCCCACCUCCUUAACCAAGUUAAUGUUGUCGAAUGGCUUAUUUGUGGAGGCUUUUGUCUUGUACAAUCACACUCAUGGCCGGGAAAUGCUGGACAUCUUUGUGCACCAGCUGCUGGUCUUGGCCGUCUUUGUGGCAGGCCUGAUUGCCUUCUUGGAGCUCUUCAUACGGACCAAUAUCACUGUGGAACUUCUUCGGACAAGCUUUAUCCUGCUUCAGGGGAGCUGGUUUUGGCAGAUUGGUUUUGUCCUUUAUCCCCCCAGUGGAGCUCCUGCAUGGGAUGCAAUGGAUCAUGACAACAUCAUGUUUCUCACCAUAUGCUUUUGUUGGCAUUAUGCAUUAAACAUUGUUGUUGUUGGAAUGGUUUAUGCCUUUGUCACUUGGUUGGUUAAAUCUCGACUUCAGAGGUUCUGCCCCUCAGAAGUUGGACUCCUGAAAAAUGCUGAACGAGAACAAGAAUCAGAAGAAGAGAUGUGAUUUUGAUGGGCAUUUUAGUUUUUCUGGAUGAACUUCUCUUUUCUGGAUUAAUUUUGUUCAUGGUUUUGUUUUUUGACCUUUUGCUUGGAGAACAGAUAGCUGAAGGUGAUUCUUGGUAUAUUGUUUGUAUUUCCAAUUUGGUUAAAGUAUUUGAAUUCAAAUAUUUUAUUUUUAGGUUUGUAAGUACUUUGGGUGAUAAAAAUGCAUUUUGCACAUCAGUCAUGGUAUUUGGGGCCUGGAGCGGCUAUUCUCAGAUCAUCUAAAGUUAAAAUCCAUGCUAAGUAAAAUGUUUUAUUUGCAUUAUAGAUAUGCUCAAGGUUCCUGGGCUUACUUCCAUUUGUACAUUUGUAACUCACUAAACAUGAAAUUAUACCUGUUUAUCUUGUUGCUACAAUGAGAAAUAAAUGAAUGCAGGAACCUUGGUA